UGGGGCACUGCUUUGCAAAUAACCUCGCAGUAUUGUACUUUUCAUACGGUGUUUUUGAGUAAUUUGGAAAUUGAAUUCAAAUAAUUCUUUGGAGAAUUCAUAGAAUUCUACGUUAUUAUGAGGAUCUUUAAUUACUUUAAGAAAAAUAUUACAUAAAAAACGUAUAUAAAAGUAUUCCUCUGUGUGAGCAAGACGGUAUCAGUAUCUAUGCUUGUAGAAGAAAGGAGAGAAUAUACUUUAUUUAUUGACUAUAAGUUGGGCAUGGUAAUUGCCGUGGCGUGAUAAUAUUUAUUAACAUUCGUAUUCACGACCGUUUGUCUUGCCAACAACGAUAAGACCCAACUUAACCUACAAGAUUUAGCUUGAGGUGAAACUAGGUUUCCUCGAGCAUUACCUCGUGUAUGUUACAAUAGGUCUUAUGUUGAUGUAACAUAAAUAAGCGACGAAUGCAAUGGAAACUCACGAGAACGAACAGUAUGUGACGUUUCCUCUCGACGGUGUGCAUGAUGCUAUACAAGAGAAUAUGAUAUCUCACGAGGAAAUUUGCGAACCCGUCGAAUGCGUCGACGAAUGUGUUCUUCAAGAGGAUCUUACAGAAGUUUCAGUCAAUAAUGCUAACAAUAUCGAUAUUGCUGAGUCACAAGAUGCCGUUGAAAUUCUCACUGAGCAGUCGGAUGAGGAAGAUGACAAUCAGGUAGUAUAUCCGAUGUAUAUCAAGCAAGAGGAGCAGCAGCAGUAUACGUCAGGUGAUGACGAGUCCAUGGCUGUGGAAGCUUUGCGACAACUAGGCGGUAUGUAUCCAUGUUACGAAAACAAGAAAAUCAAUUGUCCAAUCUGUAAGUGUCUCUUCACUCAAGAAGAGAUGGUUAAACAUCGGUCAGUAUGUACAGCAUCUAAGCUAUCCUGCACUACUUGCGGAGAGAGAUUUGAAAGAAAAAUUGAUCUGAAUAAUCAUAUGGUAUGUCAUCAGGUAGAUCGUCCUCAUGCCUGUAGGACAUGUGGAAAUUUGUUUCGUUCGAAGAGCAGUUUGCAAACACACAUGCAGCAGGUGCAUCAGGUCGAACGUCCACACAAAUGCACCAUUUGUGGUUCAGACUUUCAGAGGCCCUCUAGUUUAUCUAACCACAUGAAGAUACAUACAUAUGUCGCAGGACGAGCGAUCAUGCAGUCACAAGGGAACAACAUAGCUCAAUCAGUGGAAACGUUUAGAAAAUGGGAGAAUGCAUCUGAUGCGCAAAAUACAUCUCAGAUGCCAUCUUCUUCGUCUGUUCAAUCUAUACAAAAUUAUGAUGUAUGUCAAGUUCAAUGGCCAUCGUACAAUUUUCAUAAUGAACAAUCAACAGUUACUACAAUAUCGAAUCAUCAGGAGAAGAUGGAUACGCUGCAGGAAUUCACAGUAAUGCCUAAUGGUGAAGUGACACAAUUCAGUGAUUACGCUGAGCAAAAUAACAUUAGUAAUCCAAUCAACAACAGUCAACAAUACGAUAUAUCGAUAAAUUCAUUCAAUACUCCCGAUGGAAUAGUCAAAGUCGAGACGCUUUCGUAUAACGCCAACAGAAAAAAUUAUGGAAAAGUCGAAGCAAAUAGUAAACAGUACACGUGCAAGCAUUGUGGAAUCAAUUUUUCACGCGCGACUGCUUUGGCGUCUCAUGAGAAGAUUCACACUUCUAAAAAUUGGAACAUGCCGAUCGAGUGCGAGUACUGUGACAAGCAGUUUCAAGACGGAAAUCAUUUAGCGACUCAUCAGACCACUUGCGCUAAGAAGAUAAUGCAGAACAACAUAGAACAAGGCGUGCCCAACAGCAAAUGGGGCAAGCACGCUUGUUCCGAAUGCGGAAAGAAGUUCACGACCAAGCAAAAGAUGUUUCGUCAUCAGUGGAUCCACCGAAAGAAGACACACUCGUGCGAAGUAUGCGGUUCGCAAUUUGAGAAGCAAAACGAGCUGGAUGAGCAUAGACUGUCGGCGCAUCCUGGGGAUUCGCCGUUCACUUGCGGUGAAUGCGGAAAGAGUUUCGUCUCGCGACAAGGACUCUGGGAACACGGUAGAACGCACGCCGGAAGUCCGGCGCAUUUUCAAUGCGAUACCUGCUCGAAAACCUUUUCGUCUCGCCAAGGAUAUUUAAUACACAAUCGUACACACACCGGUGAACGACCGUAUGGCUGCAAGUUUUGCUGGAAAGCCUUUCGAGAUGGCGGAACCUUGAGAAAACACGAACGGAUCCACACCGGAGAGAGACCGCACGUGUGUCCGCUAUGCUCGAGGGCUUUUAAUCAGAAAGUGGUGUUACGCGAACAUGUCCGAUGGGUCCAUGCCGCGGGAAAGAAUGAAACGGAAGCGAGUAAUCCACCGUAUCCAUGUCCACUGUGCGGUGCUUUGAAUCAAGAUCGCGAUGAACUCUGCGCGCACAUCGUUAAGCAUUCGGAUCAGAUGAUAGCUGAAGCAAAGGCAAAGACUAACAACGACGCUUCUCCAAAAUCGAAGUCUUCAACGAAGAAGAAAUCGUCGAAAUCAGCGUCGUCGUGUAACUCGCGGGCAAAGCAAAAUGCUGCCUUGGAUUUCAUCUCGAAGACGGAGCAAAAUGAAGCCUUAUUAUCUAUCACCGAUACAUCUAAUAAAUCAGACGACUUGCAUGUUAUAAAUGAGAAGCAGAAUAAUGCCUUCGUUGUGGUCACCGCGGAAAAACGUGGCGACGGUUUCAUAGCGAUAUCCGAAUUUAAGCACAGCAAUAUACGAUUCAUCGUGGAAGGCAAGGAAGAUGAGAACAUUCACGUACUUCAAGUAGAUCAGAAUCACCGGGAUCAUCUCGAUAUGAUUGCUAUGGAUAAGCAAAACGAUGCAGCGCACAUUGUAUCGACAGAAUCCGUAGAUAAUGCGCUCGAUGAAACCAUUAGACAAAACAAUAUAUCUACGAUGCACUUGAUUCAGUCUUCUAAACAGAAUAAUACUUUAAAUAUAAUAUCAAAGCAGAACGAAUCGUUACCUGUUCUAGCAAUACCUAAUCCUCAGAAUCAUGAAAAUUACUCCAGUCAAAUCAUACAAGUGAGCAAUACAGAUAUACCUAUGGAUGUAAUAACUCAGCAAACCUUAAAGGAGGAAAAAGAUCAAGAUGAACAUGAUACUUUAAUAGGAACAUCUCAAGAAGGGACCUCUCAUGUUAUUCAAGUUGUAGAAUAUCAACAUGACAGCGAUGAUGGAGACGAUUUUACGUGUGAGAUCUGUGAAGAUACUUUUGCUGACAAAAAUAUGUUGAAGGAGCACAUUAAGGUUCACAUAUAAUUAAUAGAACUAUCAUAAAAUUCACAUAUAAGUAAUAGAAACACUUUGUUGUUCAUUGCAUUGCUUGUGAUAUUUCACACGCUAUUAAUGCAACUCUGUAGAAAGUACAUACAAUUGUACAUAUGAUAAAUCCAUUACCAUUAACAAAAUCAUAUCACACAGAAUUUAUUUAUAGCGCUGUUUAUAUGUAACAUUUUAAAGAAGACUAAUUUUUGUUAAAAGAGAUAAUAAUAUUAUGCACAUUUGUUACAAAGUUGAUGUGCAUAAAGUUAAUUUACAAA